AUGCCGGCCGUAUUCAUCUGUUUGGGUGGAAAGCCACCCAAAGCCACCAAGCGAUUCGCGUGCCCCAGUGCGCGCUUGCGCACUGCGGAUCUUCAUGGCUAUCUACCGAAACCGGGGCAGCUUAUUUCUCUCUCUGAAUCAGCCUGGGCUCCCGACCGCGUCAUACUAGUCGACGCCGGGUACGAAAUAUCCCCAUUACAUUUUGGGAAGGGCGGUCGGCCUGCUCUAGUACUCGGAUACGUUGAAAACAAGGCGGGAAAAACGCUUGUCGAGGUCCUACUGCUGGCGACGUUUGGUUUCGGACCCGCGGACGCCUACAACAAGGAUCUGAUUCACCCGGCCCUCCGGGACUACGUUGCUCACGCCCGAGACGCGGAUGGCUGGCAUUGGCCUGCCGAUUCUGUGCCAAUCUAUAACAUGAAUUGUGCUAAGAACUGGGUGAUUCUCUUGCCGCUCGCUGUGGAGUUCGAUUCGCGCCGCCCUCUCGAGCGCUGGCAGGGCGUGUCCCCGGCCUGUCCCCCCUCGGUCUCGGACGAAACGCUUGAGUGCCUGCGCAAGUGCGCGUACGAGAACUACUAUGAGGUUCUGAGCAGAGUGUACCAGUCUCGCGCUGAAGCAUUGAGGCUCGUAAAAGCAAUGUACGACGCCACCCUUCCCCCCGGCACAGCGCAUCCCAAAACUCAAUGUCCUCCGCCCGGGUUCCGCUUGCCCCUUGAACAAAUGCAACGUACCGAACCUAUGCAACCUGUCGACCUCAAUUCCAAGAAGCGCCACGCACCGUACGCUAGUUCGAAGCGGAAGAAGCCCGCGGGCGCGCGCGAGCCCGUCCUGCCUUUUUGGCAACAAGUAAUGCAGCUCAGGGCCGAGAUCCACCACUGGACGAGUGUGCCGGGCGCCCCGUAG